GAAUGUGUGAAUAUUUUACAAAAAUAUGAUCCUACAGUAUCCAAUCUUAUCAGUUAUAUUGAAAAAGACAUUUAUGAUCCAACAUAUGAACCUUUGUUAAUUUUUAUGUCAAGUUAUAUUAUAGCUGAAAUUCUCAGAUUGGUUUUUAAUGUACAAAUUUCUGGAAUUAUUGGGCAUAGUCUAGGACAAUACGUGGCUGCCACACUUGCUGGGGUUUUUCCACUUGAUAUUGCUUUAGGAAUUGUAUUAAAAAGAUCGCGAAUUAUGCAUAAAAUGGAAAGGGGUUCAAUGUUGGCUACUAAUUUAAAUAGCAAACUUGCAGACAAUUUUGUAAAGGUUGGGAAAAUAUCUUUAGCAGCAAUAAAUGAACGAAAUCAAUGCAUAUUUUCUGGAAAAUCUAAAGACAUUGAUGAACUGGCAGUAAUUCUUAAAACUCAAGAUUAUAAAGUUAAAAUUAUUAAUGAAGCAUAUGGAUUUCAUUCGCAUCUAACAGAUUCAAUUUUAGAUGAAUUUGAAAUGGAGAUUUCUUCGUUACUUAAUAAAGCAUCUAACCAAGCAACUUCUACGAUCAUUCCUUUUAUUUCAAAUGCUACUGGAAAGUGGGUUAAUAUUGAAGAAGUGUAUACAACAAGAUUUUGGAGAGAACAUUUACGAAAAACUGUCCAAUUUGAAUCUGGAGUAAAAACUAUUUAUUCAACAUUUUCAAACCUAAUUUUUAUUAAUGUUGGAAUUGGAAUCAAUAUAAGUAGAUUAGUUCAAAGAAUAUUAAAUAAUAAUAUAAUAAUUCUAAAUAGUUUUGAUUUAGGUAAAACUAGUUUUGAAGAAAUAAUUGGAAACUGCUGGUGCAAUGGAAUUGAAAUCAAUUGGCAUAAUUAUUAUAGGCAUAUUUGUCCUUUGAUGGCAAAAACUCAACUUAUUCGAUUGCCUGGAUAUUCAUUUAAUCACACUUGUAGUUAUUGGGCCCAGCAAUCUCAUCAAAAGUCAUUAGUAAGAAUUAAUACUAAUGGUUUUGUAUCUAAUGAAAUAGACCAACAGCUACUUGCAAAAUAUAACAAUUCAUCCACAAUUGAAGGCAGAGUAAUUCUUUGUUUUAAGAAAACUCUCGGUCUGAACAAUAUUGAUAUAAAUAGCAACUUCUUUGAUUGUGGUGGUGACUCUCUUUCAGCAAUAUCAUUAAUCAGUUUAUUAAACAAAGAAUUUAAAUUUGAACUUUUAUCACUAAAA